CCAUUUUGGAAAUCAUAUUAUUAAUAAACAGUGGGAAUAAAGCGAAGGGAGUCGAUGUACAGACGAAUCCGCGUUCUUAUGAUUGCACUUUGAUUCGAGAGUAUUAAUUAUGACGCCAGUCAUGGUCACGUGAUGUAAUUGCUAUGUCGGGAAAUACAACAAUCCCACCUAGAACAGUUCCUGACACCAGAAAAGUAGUGCCGUUUGAUCCAGAAGUUCACAAAUCCAUGAAAUUCGACAGCACAGAUGUCAAGUCGGUAGAAGGGGAGCAGGAGACGAAACAGCCUGAUGUGUAUGUGGACUUAGCAAAGAGAAAGCUGCUCACGCUUAUGUUAGGAUUAGUUCUUGGUGGUGUAAUUAUAGCUGUUGUACUGGGUAUUGUACUUGGAACACGGGGCGAAGACGACGAACAUGGAUACAGGAAUUCGACGACAGAACUAACAUCUGAGGAACAUUAAAGUAUUAAUACGGCAUAAACUUUGCAGAAUGCCCUAAUUAAUUUCAUGAUUUGGUUAAUCAAAGCAAUAUUGACUGGGAUGGUGUGAGCAUGAAAUCCUCGAAGAUCAGAUCCAAUAGAACCCGGAAUUAUGUAGCAGAUAAUGACAAGUUGAGAUCAUUCUCCUGGUUACAAACUUCAAGAAAUGCGAUUGACUACGCCUGCUUUCAAACAUCCACGAACUUAGAGGGGAGUCCCGGCAAACAACAUGCUUCCUGAUGAAAGAGCUCCACAAAUGUCGACCGUCACUAAAAAUGUUU